UUCUAUUGCGCCCAAUAGCUGACCUCCUGUGAACACUGCUUUAGUAUGAUUUAAGUGAGUCUUGCUAAUCUGUCAAUCUAAACAUCCUAUUUUAGUAAAGUAGCUUCAAAAACUUUUUGUGUGCUGCGAUGGAAGACGAUAAAGAUGUGUGCAGAUUGAUGUCAUUGUUUUUUAUCAAACACAUUAUAGAACCUUCAGAAAUGAAGAUUCGAGGUUUAUCAUAUCCACCCUGUUUAUUAACAAGGGAGUUUUCCCAGAGUAUGCAAAAUGUUCUGACAAUGAGGCAAAUGAUGGUCUUUUGGAGGUGGUGGAAAUUUUUUGAUACUUGCUGCCCCAAGAUGUUGUCUUCUCAUGAGAUGUAUCUGAAAUACGUUGCGUAUGCCUGCCUCAAAGAACACGAAUGUAACCGAAACAUAUUUGACAGCUUUAUUAGUGUGUGUGCCCUUCUGAAAAACAUGUGUAACGAAACACUUCGUAAAACAGGAAUUGAUUUCUGCGAAGCGAAUCCUUUUAUCUUCAUGGUAUUUUAUAGAAAUGUCUUGAGAGAAGUCUUCCAUAGGCGUGGUGGAUUUCAACGAUUGGUAGAAUAUAUCCGUGAUCACAGAUAUAGCAAGUGGAAAUACCAGAGGAAAGGUCUUAUUUCAUUGGAUGAUCCAAAUGCACCUGAUAAUGAUAUGCACAUAGACUUAACUGAAAAACUCAAGAACGAGUUAAAAAGAGAGCAUAUUUUUGAGACAGUCAUUGACCUUGAUGAAAUUUUAAGUGAUAAAAGUAGCAGUAUCUUGGCCCGUGUAAUGCUAAGAACUAUGGAAGCUCAACUUCCACCUUUACCAAGUUAUCAAGAUCUUGUUAAGAGGUUGGUUGAUUACAGAAAAAAGGAAAUAUCUAAAAAGAGAAGAGAUGAAGCAGUUGCGAAGUUUGAAGCUUUGGAAGAUGCUUUUCAAGAAUACUCGUGCUUUAAUUCAGAUCCUAAAGCCAACAUUGUUUCAAAACAAAAAGAGAAUAAAAGAAGAAGCGAAAAUAUCAUUCAAGCAGUCAUCAAAUACAACCGUUCAAAACAUUCAGUUCAAGCGAAUUCGAAUACUCCAAUCCACCAAGAAGCAGAUAGAAUUCUAAAACAUUUAGAAGGUACCAUUAAAUCUCUUAUAGAAAUAAUUGAUGAAUAUGUCAGUGAAUGAGUACUCUAAAAUUCAACUCUAUGCACUCUUAUCAACUGGUUUUUUUUUAUUUUUGCACUUAUAAAC